AUGGGAGACUUUGAGAACCGUGCGUCGGCUUUCAUCUCCCAGCAGGACGAACAACUGCAGCCAGUGCUGCGAGAAGUGUUGCAGCUCUCGCGGCUGGCUGUGGGAGCUUCCACAGGAUCCUCAGAGCUCUCUGCGCUAGCGGCCAAAGUUCGCCAGCUGGCAGCAAGCAGCACAGCUGCAGCCCCACUACUGGCAGCUGUGGACUUGCAUGGUCUGGGGGAGUGCGUGGCACGCCUACCCGGCCGGUCAGUCCACACACUUUGCCAUUGCAUUCUUAAUUAUACUUUAUCCAUGUGUGAAAUGUUGACCGAAGAUAUCUGUGAAGCCUUUCGUCGAGUGGUGGAGAUUCGCAGCUGCCAAGCAGUAGCCCGCAGAUUCCAGGAUACGGACUUUGCUCCCCUUCUCGAUGGCAAUGAGCAGUGGCGUGCCGAGCUCGACUGCUGGAGAGCGCUGCUGGCGCCCUUCCCUUGGACCAAUGCUCGGGCAUCGGUCAUGAGUCAAGUGCUUGCUGCGGCAGACCUCUCCGAGCCGCUGACGAUGCAUCCACAACUCGUGCGCUCUUUCGAGAUACUUCGUUGCUUGGGUGCCGACCUGCUGGACAAUGACACGAAAGGUUCGGUGGCGAGACUGCAGCGGCACGGCGAGAAACUGGCUUGCUGGGCAAGCACGGAGAUCACAGAGAACACGUUGCUUGCGUAUCGGCAGAGCGUAGGUCGCAAGGAGAGCGAUGUGGUGUCGCUCAAACCAGCAGAGGCAGCUGAAGAAGCUGCACAGGCCAGGGGAGCACUCGACGCCGCGGCGAAGAAGCUUGGCUUCGUCCCAUCCGCACUCAGGGGCCGAGUGCCAACACUAGCGCUCGUCCGCUUGGCCGCGCGAGUACUUCGUGAGGUGGACGAGGCAGCUUUGCCACCAGCGGGACAGGCCUUGGCUCGUCAGCUUGUGGGGCCCAAACAGCCGGACCCGGCAAUCCGAAACUCGAUCCUACAAUUCUUGCUACGUGUGGCUCAGGAGUUCUUGACGCGAGCAACUUCCAAGCCCAAAACUCUCUGCUUGAACUUCGAGCUUUUGGCUGGUGGAUCGCCCAGCAUGCAACUUCUGCGCGAUCUUGAGACUCAUCCGUCCGCCCAGCUCGUCCUCAACAACAUGGCACUGUCGGAGCUGCUGCAGGUGAUGUCUCGCAUCCUUGAAGCUCAUCGGAUGGUGCACGGGGAGAAGGAGCUGCCGCACGAGGCUCUCCGCCGAUGGUCCUCACGCACAGCAGCGGCAGCUGUGCCGCCGCGAGAGCUGGCCUCGCUCAGCGCGGAUCUGGAGGAUUUCCUUAAGCAGAACCAUGCGGCGCGACUUGCAGAUCUCGACGAAUCCCUGGCCUCCUGCGCUAUGCGCGCGCUGAACUGUUUGGGAGAAGGCGGUGGUAGGGAUGGAGUCAGGCGUCGCAGUCGUGGUGUGUUGGCUCUCCAGUUGCGAAGGCUUCGGAUUCUGCGUCAGUGCAGAACUCUAAAGAGCCGUGCUGGCGCAAGAGCAACCAACUGUUUAAUCCUCUCAAAACCAAGUCAUACCAAGUCGGCUGACAGGCAAGGGGAGGGCAGAUGGCACAGGCCUGACUUGCAAUGCAGGACAUGCAUCCGAAGCAUUUUUGGCUGA